AUGUUUGACUGUUGGGUUUCUGGCUCUUGGUUUUACACAGGUAACCAUGGAGGAGUUGCUGUCUUUGAAGUGGAACAACCACCGUUCCACGUUUCUGCAUAUCCUGGUGUCCUAAGGGAUAAGCAAUCCUACACGGAUGUAACCCUAGCUUGCGAUGGCAAGUUUUACAGUGUGCACAAGUUGGUGCUUUCCACAUGUAGUGACUAUUUCUGUGCCAUGUUUGAGAAGACUGCUUGUAAAAGCCCUGUUAUAGUGUUAAAAGAUAUUAAGUGUGAGGACCUUGAGGCCUUGCUAGACUAUAUGUACCUUGGUGAAGUGAAUGUAAGGCAAAGUGACUUAGCGUCUUUGAUAAAGGCUGCCGAAAAUUUACGCAUCAAGGGUCUCGCAGUACCUGAUGAUGAACCCCCUAAAAGAGUUACAGCCCCCACCAGAACUGACUCCAGUAGGAGAGAAGGGGGUAGUGGUAGUCCUCCCUCCAAGAGGAAAAGAAGAGACGAAGGUGAAGAUGGCAGGGAAGACGUGAGACCGCAGGUCGGUGGCUUACAUACUCCCCCUCCUCCCACAAGACCAAAGAGCCCCAACACUCAGCGACAGAGCCCCUCCUCCCACAGAACGCCUCAGGAGCAACACAUAGCAGAAGAUCAUGAUAGCCGUCCCCUCUCGUCACCUGCGGAGUCUCCUGCAGCCACCCACACAUCUGGUCAUCAACCGUCACAUCAGCCCUCACAAUCACAACAAUUACCACACCAGUCAUCUCAUCAAGUCUCUCUUCAGCCCUCUCAACAAUUAAGUGAGCAACCAACCCAACAACCAGUCAGUAAUCAAUAUAGAGGCGACGAAUCACAAACGUUCGUCAAGGUUGAAAUGGAGGAAACGGACGACACUGGGGACAUGAACCAAGACUCGUAUAAUAUGAGUGGUGAUGGCUACAAAGAAGAAGAUAGUGGAGGAGACUUGGGUGGAGAUCUCAGCAAUGACCUGCCAGAGUUCCUACAGCAAGCGGCGUCGGGGGCUCUGGCUGGUACCUCUGCCUCAUACCCUCACACAUUUGCCGGACCCUCUGGCUUCCAACCGGAGGUGUCGGGUUGGCAAGGUGAUGGACAAUCCUUGCCUGGAAGCUUUGGAGGUUUGGGAUUCCCUCCCCAUUCCUCUCAGGACAAUCAACCAGGG